UUUCUUCCACCACCAUUUGCAUGAUAAGACUCUGUUGUUGAUUAAGAGGUUCGAGAUUCCCAACCCACCAUGUUUCUUGAGUUUAUAGACAAUUUCCGGUUUUACUUUUGUCACUUUCUUUUUACUCUCAUCAACUUUCUAAAGAAAAUAUCUACGCAAUUUAUCCAACUUUAAAAUCACACUUUGAGAUUUGAAUCACACUUUUAGGAACCUUAAAAAUAAACAUGUAGGAAAGUGGAAGAGAAGAUAAAGUAGAUUUAAUGAGCGUUGCCCUUCCACCAAUGUACAGUAGCUUCCUUUGCCAACUCACGAGCUUAUCUCUGAAUUUUUUUAUGGCCGGGUCCCAUGUACUAGCCUUCCAUGACCAUUUUCAACUCAGUGUAGUAACUAAUGUGCUUGCAGCUGACGUUUUCAAUUCAUUCUUUACAGCUUAAAAAGGUCAGAAAAGUCCCGCAAAUUAACGUGUCUCAAACUCAAUAAUCAUGAAUUGAUACAGUAAUAUUGAAAGCCGCCCUGAAAUUUCUUCUUUAUUACAUAUGGCAUUUAAUUAAUCUAGACAAAUAUAUCCAUAUGCAAUGUGUCUUCUAUAUAAAGAGCUUAAUGGUAUGGGGCAAUCAGAAGCAUAGUCCAAGCGACUUAGUCUAUUCUCAAUGGCUACCUUCUUCAACAAGCAACAGUUCCUUCACAGCUGCGAUAAUCCUUCUUCUAGGGCUCUUCACAGCAAACUUGGAUAUAACAGGUGCCGAAUCUGUUGGUGUUUGUUAUGGAAUGCUUGGCAACAAUCUUCCAUCCGCAUGGGAAGUCAUCGAGCUUUACAAAUCACGCAACAUCAGGCGAAUGAGACUCUAUGAUCCAAAUCCAGCAGCUCUGCAAGCUCUCAGAGGCUCAAACAUUGAAGUAAUGCUAGGUGUCCCGAAUUCGGAUCUUCAAAACCUUGCUAACCCUUCCAAUGCACAGUCCUGGGUACAAAGAAACGUAGUAAGCUACUGGCCCAGUGUCAGGUUCCGGUACAUUGCUGUUGGAAAUGAAGUUAGUCCUGUCAACGGUGGCACCGCUUGGUUAGCUCAAUUUGUUUUGCCUGCCUUGGUGAAUGUAUUCAACGCAGUUCGAUCAGCUGGCUUGCACAACGACAUCAAGGUUUCGAUUGCAAUUGACAUGACCUUGAUCGGAAACUCCUAUCCUCCAUCAGCAGGUGCCUUUCGUGGGGAUGUUAGGUCAUAUUUGGACCCAAUCAUUGGCCACCUAGCAUGGGCCAGCACACCUUUACUUGCGAAUAUAUACCCUUACUUCAGUCAUGCUGGUAACCCGAGGGACAUCUCUCUUCCCUAUGCUCUAUUUACUUCCCCUUCACCUGUCGCAUGGGAUCAAGGGCGUGGAUACCAAAACCUUUUUGAUGCAAUGUUGGAUGCAUUAUACUCAGCUCUUGAGAAUGCUGGGCAACCUUCUCUGGGGGUUGUUGUCUCAGAAAGUGGAUGGCCAUCAGCGGGAGGGUUCGCCACAUCGGUUGAAAAUGCACAAACUUACCUCUCAAAAUUGAUCGGGCAUGUCCAAGGAGGUACCCCAAAGAGGCCUGGAAGAGCUAUAGAGACUUAUCUGUUUGCCUUGUUUGAUGAGAACCAGAAGGAACCAGAGCUGGAGAAACAUUUUGGGUUAUUCUCCCCAAAUAAGCAGCCAAAAUAUCCCCUCAGUUUUGGUGGAGGAAGAAUCCUGGAUGUUUCAGCCGAAUAUAAUGCAACUAUAUCUCUUAAGAGUGAUAUGUAAGAACUGGCACAAUGCAGGGGAAUUCGGUUUCCUUUUCCUUCCGAUGUAUCAUCAUCUCAAAUAAGAGAAAUCUCAUGGUUUAUUUUUGAUC